GAGAGACCAUGAAGAGCCUUCUCCUUCUCUCCAUUCUGGCUGCCUUGGCCGUGGCAGCUCUGUGCUACGAAUCUCAUGAAAGCAUGGAAUCCUAUGAAAUUAAUCCCUUCAUUAACCGGAGAAAUGCGAAUACUUUUAUAUCCCCGCAACAGAGAUGGAGAGCGAAAGCCCAAGAGAGGAUCAGAGAAAGCACCAAGCCCGCCUAUGAGCUCAAUCGGGAAGCCUGUGAUGACUUCAGGCUUUGCGAACGCUAUGCCAUGGUUUAUGGAUACAAUGCUGCCUACAAUCGCUAUUUUCGGAAGCGCCGAGGGGCCAAAUGAAAUUGGAGAAAGUCUCUUUCUUUCCAGAGCCUGGUGCC